CAUCACUAACUAGCCAGUUCCCUCCAGCAGCAGAGAGCUUCAUUUUCUGAUCUGCUUUUGUGCUAAAAUGGAGGCUGGCCUCUCGCCCUGAGUGGAUCGCCUUCCUGGUUGAGGUUUAGAUGUUGACAUGCAAUAAAUCUGGAGACAGGAUGGUUGUGGAUGCACCUAAUUCCAAUGGGCCUUUUCAGCCGGUGGCUCUUAUGCACUUCAGAGAUGUGGCCCCAGCUGAACAGGAGAAGCUGUUCAUCCAGAAGCUACGACAGUGCUGCGUUCUUUUUGACUUCCUGUCCGACCCGCUGAGCGACCUGAAAUGGAAGGAAGUGAAGCGGGCGGCGCUGAGCGAGAUGGUGGAGUACAUCACCCACAACAGGAAUGUCAUCACAGAGCCCAUCUACCCGGAGGUGGUGCACAUGUUCGCGGUGAAUAUGUUCAGAACAUUGCCUCCAUCGUCCAACCCCACUGGAGCGGAGUUUGAUCCAGAGGAAGACGAGCCAACACUUGAAGCUGCAUGGCCACACCUCCAGCUCGUCUAUGAAUUUUUCCUUAGGUUUUUAGAAUCGCCCGACUUUCAGCCUAACAUAGCGAAGAAAUACAUCGACCAGAAAUUUGUUAUGCAGCUCCUAGAUCUAUUUGACAGUGAGGAUCCCAGAGAGCGAGACUUCCUCAAAACUACCCUCCACAGGAUCUAUGGAAAGUUCCUGGGGCUGCGAGCGUACAUCAGAAAACAGAUCAAUAACAUUUUCUAUAGGUUUAUCUAUGAGACGGAGCACCAUAAUGGUAUAGCUGAACUACUGGAAAUACUUGGAAGCAUAAUCAAUGGAUUUGCCUUACCACUAAAAGAAGAGCACAAGAUUUUCCUGUUGAAGGUUUUAUUGCCUCUGCACAAAGUCAAAUCACUCAGUGUCUACCAUCCACAGCUGGCCUACUGCGUGGUGCAGUUUUUGGAAAAGGACAGCACUCUUACUGAGCCGGUGGUAAUGGCUCUACUAAAGUACUGGCCAAAGACUCACAGUCCCAAGGAAGUGAUGUUCCUCAACGAGCUGGAGGAGAUCCUGGACGUCAUCGAGCCCUCUGAGUUUGUUAAAGUGCAGGAGCCUCUCUUCAGACAGCUGGCAAAGUGUGUCUCCAGCCCACACUUCCAGGUGGCAGAGAGAGCUCUGUACUACUGGAACAACGAGUACAUCAUGAGUCUGAUCAGCGACAACGCAGCAAAGAUUCUGCCGAUUAUGUUCCCUGCUCUGUACCGCAACUCCAAGACCCACUGGAACAAGACCAUCCACGGCCUCAUCUACAACGCUCUGAAGCUUUUCAUGGAGAUGAAUCAGAAGCUCUUUGAUGAUUGCACACAGCAGUUCAGGGCUGAGAAAAACAAAGAGAAGGCAAAGUCAAAAGAACGCGAAGAGGCUUGGAUCAAGAUCGAGAACCUCGCCAAGUCAAAUCCACAGUUCUUUAUGUAUGUUGAUUCCUCUGACCUCAAUAGUCCUGUAGCAAUGGAGACGGAUGUCCCUUUGAUAGAAGAUGUUCAGAGGUUAAAAAAGACAGUUGAGGCGGGCGCAACUCAGUUGCCGCAUGACCAGCGGAAAGAGCGGCCUAUGGUGCGACGCAAAUCUGAGUUGCCUCAGGAUAUCUACACCACAAAAGCCUUGGAGUCCCACCGCAGAGCUGAUGACAUGUUGACCACCCACGAUGGACUCUAGGUCCCGCCACCUGCCGGCUCUUUGUUCAACUGCCCCUUUUACCCUCGACAGCCAUGGACAUCCUCUUCGCCCAGGCGCCAGAAUUACACUGGCGACCCAUGUUGGGCUCUCCAUCCCUCCUUCCACCUUCAGUUUACCCAGAAUCCUCAGUUCUCCUUCAUUCCUGCUGCUGCCCCAGUGCAGACGCCCUGUAUCCUCCUCCCUCAGAUUUCUGCUUUCUCAGGUUUUUUUCUUCAUUUGGAGAGGAGUGUGUUUGUGUGUCUUUAAGCCCUCGCUACAUUCAUUGUGAUUUAUUUUCUCCAUCGGUUCCUCUUCCCUUCCUGUCUCCUUCCACCCCUCCCACCCCCCUGUGCGCUCACUGUAAAUGUGGAACCUGGGAGUACGGAUGCCACAACGCUGGUUCCUUCAUUCCUUCUUGCAAACACAAUGGAUUGGACGUGGAAAACAUAGGAACUGACUGACUCACUGUCUACGGAUCACCUCUCGGUAUCUGCUUGGGUUUUCUUUUCUGUCAAAGGGAACAAAAACAGAACCUGUUGGUCAGAUGAAAGACAAGACUUUCCUGUCAUCCGUUCUUUAUUUUUUUUGCUCAAUCUAACAGACAUCUUGUCAGUGCCAAGACUGUUGUGUUAUUUGUUUGUUUCAUGUUUUUAUCUGUGACUUCAACGGGGACACCUGCCUUUGUUUUUUGGUCACUGGUGUUUUGAAAGUUUUUUUUUUUUUUUUUUGUUUAGUUUAGCGCACCAGACCAAACUGAGGCUCGUCCUUCAGCCUUGCAAUGUCCAGGAAAGGUGGCGAGGAAAGAGGAAGUUGUCCUGUGGACAUCUGACACUUUCCGUUUUAUUGUUUUGUGCCAUAUGCAGCUCUUUUAUAUGCUUGCUCUCCUUAUGUUCAUUGGCAAUAUUUGAAAACCAGACCAUAGUGAUGACUAGACAAGUUCAAACAAUGGUACUUACUGCUUUUUGAGUUUAGUGGAUGAGGAUGAACAUGAAUGAAAGCUGUUUGUAUUUGCUACCUAAGUUGCAGUGGCAGUAUCCAGGGAUUGGAUGUAGCAAGGAGAGCCCUCAGUUGUAUAUACGGCUGAAUAAAUAGAGGAGAGCACGGCUGUGGGUUGUUCAAGGUGAGUGGUGGGUUUUUAUAUAUACUGUAAAAUGAAUAGGGAUGAUUAUCUUUGUAAAGGAAAUAUAAUUAGAUUUUUGUUGAAUGGGAGAGGAGGCACAGAUCUGUACUCUCUCGACACCUAAAAACUCCACUCAUUGAUGGUUUUUAGCAGCCGUUACUAAGUUAGCUCAUCAUGUAAAGAGCAUGGAGGUGUAUUGGUACUGUAAGCUAUAAAGAUUUUAAUGUCCUCUAAUUAAAGAUUAAUUUAUUAUCAAACAUAAGCGCAUUAACAUACUGAUAUAGAAAGAUUAAUACACAAAUUACUUGAUGAAAGCUACCAAAAAAAAUAUGGCUUCCUUAGCGUUUAAAGGUGUACGUUUGUGUUGCUACCAUUCCGACUUUCUGUUGUCUGGUUUGCGGGUUAUAAAUAUAUAUAAUAUCCUUCUCAGUGAGGAAGCUGUUUAAAGUUGGAAAAUAUCUUCCAGUCAGUACCAUUGUUUAAACUACGGAGGUCUGCUAGAUUUCUUCAUAUUUGACGUGUUGUAUUUCUUUGUCUCGUCUCUGGAGGUUAAGUAGCGUGGAUGUCAGGUUUUGGAUUCUCUUUUUUGUUCUGGCCAUUCAGGAUGCCCACCGCUGAAACAGACUGGUAUCAAAUGGCCACAAAAAUGCCAGAUGCUGAAAAUAAAAACUGACAUUGUGACUUGGCUUGUUAACUGUAUUAUUAAUACUGUAUUUGCUUGAAUGCAAAAAGAUGUAAAUUAAAAACUACCAUGUUAAACAUGUACCUUUUACCCUGGAGGAAUGCCAUUCACCAAACUGAUUUCUGUCGUCGAGGUCAUUGCGUUUAUGAAACAGUCCUGCUUGCUGGGAAGAGAUGUUUUAUGGAUUUUAUGAGUUUGAGUCCAGAGAUGUUUGAGGUUUAUUUUAGUGCUGAAAAAAACAAGUCGUCCGCGAUAAAAAGAGAUGAUUUAAAAAUGAUUUGGUGGCUUGUUCUCUUUCUGCAGCAGAUCUUUUAAUUUCACAUAUUAUUUCCAAAACAUGAUAACUUAAAGUGUCCUUUUGUAUGUGACCUGUACUAUAUGAUUCAUUUAAUAUUGUAUAUAUGAUUUACCUUGUUUCAUGUAGUGUUAUAUAUCUAGAUUAAUUUUGUACAAAUUGUCCCUUCUGUACAGAAUAAAACAUCAAUAGCAAGUGAAAGAAGUCAAUCUGGCACAUACCGUCUUAUUUCUCCUGUUUCUGGAUGUACGGUCAGCGACACAAGGAUUUAGAAAAUGUUCUUAUUUUUAUGAUUAAAAUCUGCAAAGUUUCCUCCCUCCUCUAUAUAACUGACAAAUGUUCAUGCCCGUUGUGUGCUCCUAUCACUGUCUUUAGUGGUGUACAACUAUAUAGGAUGAAUAAAGAGAUUAUUUGAAUAUA